AUGAAUGUUGGAUGUCAAAGAAUAAAGUCGUUGGGUAUUCUGAUGAAGGCAGAUGUCUUCAUUUAUUUGACUGUGGACGUUUCCAAAAGCAAUAGUCAAGAAAAGGAUGGAAAUGGGGCAGUAGUAAUACCCAAAGAAAAGUUCUGGAAGACAUCAAGCUCUCCCCAGGCGUACUGGAACACAGAGCAAGAAAAACUGAAAGCACGAUAUAAUCCUACUCUGAGCACGUUGGUCAAACCAGACAGGGGAACACCAGAUCAUUCUUCUUUGGAACUACAAGGACACUUUCUUCAACUUGUCUCUGAAGGAGGUGCUGUUUCUAAGAAUCAUAGUGAAAGAUACGUUUUCAUUGCAGAGUGGUAUGAUCCAAAUGCUUCACUUCUUCGACGUUAUGAGCUUUUAUUUUACCCAGGGGAUGGAUCUGUUGAAAUGCAUGAUGUAAAGAAUCAUCGCACCUUUUUAAAGCGGACCAAAUAUGAUGGCCUGCACUUGGAAGAUUUAUUUAUAGGCAACAAAGUGAAUGUCUUUUCUCGACAACUGGUGUUAAUUGACUAUGGGGAUCAAUAUACAGCUCGCCAACUGGGCAGUAGGAAAGAAAA